GAAGCCACUGCCUCUUAACUACAUGCACGCCCACUGGUUCCCCCCCCCCCCCUCCCACCAGCGCUGGAGGAGGGAAGUGGGCGAGCGAGUGAAUGAGCGUGCAGAGAGUGUGCAGAGAGUCAUCGGUGAGCACGUGUCCGUCUCGCUCACGGUUGUCCGGUGGUCGCGUGCCCUCUGCUCGUCGUUGGUGGGGGUCCGCUCGCUCGCCUUCAACGGGACACAACUCGCGCGGUUGCCCAAAAGCUUGCCAAAACCGGAGGCCAAGUUGAGACGGAUAAGACUGUGAAUAGAACACCCCCCCUCCCAAAUAAAAAAAAGUCGAGCUCAACACGUGCUCAUUCUUGAGUUUCAAAAGGUCAGGUUUUCGAGAGCACCACCAACUUCACGAGGAAGGGCAACCUUUACCGGUCGUUUGGAAUGUCUGGGCUGUGCGGCGGACGUGUGCUUGCUCUGCUGGGCAUCUGCCUGGUGCUGAAUGGACGAGUUGCAGACAGCGCCACUGGAGAGUAUCACUGGACGUACACGGGUCCCCAUGGACAGGAGCACUGGAAGGAGAAGUACCCAACCUGCGGCGGGGACAACCAGUCGCCUGUGGACGUGAGAACGGAUGCCACCCACCUCGCCCACGACCUGCCCCCCGUCUCUGUCUUGGGCUACGACGCGCCCAGCCAGACCACCUACAACAUGACCAACAACGGGCACACACUGUUUGUGAAACUGCCGCCCGGGAUGGAGAUGUCGGAAGGGGGCCUGCCCUAUCGCUACGAGGCUGUGCAGUUCCACCUGCACUGGGGCAGCGCGGGGAGACAGCUCGGCUCGGAGCACUACGUUGACGGGGUGCAGUACGCCGCGGAGAUCCACAUUGUUCAUUUCAACAAGGAAAAGUACAAAUCGAUGGAUGAAGCCAUGAAAAAGGUGGAUGGGCUGGCCGUGCUGGGAGUCCUCGUGAAGGUUGGACCAAGGGACAAUGAGGUGUUUACGGUGCUCAUGAAAGAGCUUGGGAAAGUGAAGUACAGCGGCCAGCAGACAGUGGUGCAGGCAUUCAGCAUGCUGAGCCUCCUGCCCAAAGAGCUCGGCCACUUCUUCCGCUACAACGGCUCCCUGACGACGCCGGAAUGCAACGAGACAGUCACGUGGACGCUGCUGCACAACCCCAUCGAGGUGUCGGUGGCACAGUUGACCACGCUGACCACCGGCCUCGUGGACACGGAGGCAUCGGCCCCCCUGGCCUCUACGCUGGAGAACAACUUCCGUUUUCCGCAGCCCCUGGGUCAGAGGAAGAUCCUCACCUCCUUCCCUCUGCCAGGUCAGAGACAAAAGGGACUGCGUGUGGGUGACAUCCUUGCCAUCAUCUUCGGCAUCCUCUUCAUCGUCUGCUUCAUCGUCCUGGUCAUGUAUUGCUUCUCCCAAAGACGCAAAACGUCCAGACAGUCUGCCACGAAACGCGACGUUAUCUACAAACCGGCCGCUAACCACGACGGUGUCCAGAUUUGACGGUGGCAUGAGGGUGAGCGUUGAUCCCGAUGCUCCCAAUGAAGGUGCCAAGAACGAAACGGGCUCGGUCGUUCUAUUAUCACCAUUGUCGUUAUUAUGGUUGCUAUGUCAUAAGCCGAUAACAGAUUGCGUCUUGGUGGGGUGAAACGCACACCUGGAACGUGGAGGCAUGUGCCCGGGUGCUUGUGGGAAAAGGAACACCUUGACUCGCAGUGUCAUGAACAGUGUGUAAUUGGCGCACCUUUACACCAUCGUAAUCACUAUUAUUUUUUCUUAGAAGCCAGCGGUAAUGCUCAAAUGGCUUCAGCUAACGCAUUAUCACUUCCAGCUCCACUUUUGUCGUAACGACUAGAACUUCCUUGAAAUGCUUUUCUCAACCGUUUCGCCCUCUUGCCAAUCUCCUUCAUUGAGCGACGCUUGAAACACGUAAACCCAGAUCAAACCUGAAACUUGCUGCGCAAUUUUAUUGUGAAGUUACCAUUUCUCUAAUUCUAUUGUCUUUCAAACACCUUAUUAGUUUAAAAGCCGUGUUCAUGGACUGCCUUUUGAACUGAAACCUCCGGGUGAGUCUGGGACACGUGUUUAUAGCUGGUUUCUGACUCGGCCGUCAUAAAGCACCGUUGCCGGGAAGUAUCCGUCAGAUGUUGACGAAUUGGCUCGGAGGGCGUGGAGAGUUGCCACAUGGGUUUGCCACAUCCUCCCAAAGCAGAUAUCGCUCAAGGGGUUAAUUUAAGACCAGGCGUGAGAUGUUUGUUCUUGUCACGCACAGAAGGCAAUGAGCCACACAUGCCACCGGGGAAGGCAAGUUUGGGAUCAUGUGUGAGCUCUUCCACUCACCGUUUCGACUUUUCGAGCGAGGUUCUUUGUUAGCUGUGGGCUCCCUAGGGAUGUGUGCAACUGACACUGCAGCAAAGUCCACAUCCUUGUGGUCAAGGAAUGUCUCCUGAAGGGUUUUUUUAAGUAAAUGUCAUGCCGACAACUGAGAUUGUACUGGGAGAUAAAGUUUUAGGAUUGUGGUGGAAUUUACGUUAAGAGUGUGGUUUUGGGUUUUUUGUGGACUCGCUUCUUUGUUCUUGGAAAAAACUAAAGAACGUGUUAAAUUUUAGACUUAGUCUUUAUGAUUUAUAAUUAGUUUAUUUUGCGUUAGGUGGUGUGAAAAUGCAUGUCGUAAACCCUCCUACACCGCCACAGGCAAUUAAUACAAGUGUCACGUGAAUCGAAUGUGCCAGAUGUAUUACUGCUGCAGGAGCGGCACCGGUGUGAUUGUUGGAGAGUAAUCUCACAGCGUUUAAAUGGGUACGGACGUUUCAAGGGAUAUUACAUCCAGCAUCAUCAGGUUAUUAACAGGAGCUCGGAUCUUCAAAUCGCUUCCUGAUCCAGGUCCGUUAGUAGAUGCCAUGGCACAGUCAUGCAUCUCGUCCAGUUAAAUAAUUACAUAUCUAGUUGAUUGGUUGUGAUUGGCAGGUUAAGUGAAACUAUGUAGGGAUUGGUGAAAAUAAAAACAAAUAUUUAAUUACGUUAAGGUGUAUUGUGUUUGUAAUGAAGCUGGCAUUUUAAGCCCUUUCACGACACACAUUUUUAAACGACCUAAUCUAAAAUUAACCAAUUGUGAACUGUGCAUUUAGUUUCAAAUCAGUAGAUGCAGUUUUAUACAAAUCCAGUGUAGUAUAAUAUAUAUCUAAAUAAAUAGAUUUGUCCACUUUGUUAAUAAUAAUAAUGUGCAAACCCACGCUAGAUUUAUUGACCUCAGAGUCGCAGAUUUUCUAUGGGAAAAAAAUCAGCAAUAACAAAACCCUGUCAUAUGAAAGCUUUUUCCGUUGUUAAACUUGACUCAACCAGUUCUACGCCAUCAGUGCUUCUUCAUAUGAAGUCAGCAGUCAAAUAGUUUAAUGGGCUGCGGAACUGUUGCAGAUACUACCGGUUUAUUUUCUUCUUCACGAAACACCAUGUAUCUGCCUGCCCGUUGCACAGCUAAUGUAAGUAGAUCGCAUAAAUAAUAAUUAAUCAGCACAGCUGGCUUAUUGGCAAAAUCUGCCAGCAUCGACUACCGAUGUCAUCGUUGUACAUUGACGCAUUGUCGUAGCUGGAGCAGCAACGGCCAUUGAGUAAAUCAAAAGCAAGUGGAUCUUUUUGAAUGGAUUUUAAGUUAAAAGUUUUAGACUCGUUUUAAUUUUCAAACAAAUGUGUUUUUUUUAUGGUGAAUGGUUGUCCGCGAAAAAUAUUUUUUAUGGUUGAUAGUGGUCCACGUCCAGAACGUUUAGGGAAUACCGAUCUCGGACAUGUAUAUUGUUGAGUAUUGUGAAGUUAAACGCAAGAAACCUGUACAUCAGACUUAAUGACUUUCGCCUAAUUAAUAAUCCAAGCUAGACAUUACAUCCUGCAUGCCUUAAAAAAAUCUAUAUAGCCUGAGUCAUGCUGUCACAGAAAAGGUGACAUCAUAGUCAUGCUAUGUAUCUUAAACAUACGCACGCCACAUACAAUUCGAUGCCACUUAUCAAAUUGAACAACUCAUUUGAUUAAUUUGAAUUCGGGACCACUAUUUAUUCACUGAAUGUAAUAUUUCUGCAAAAGUGUUUGACAAAUAUCAUCCAAGAUAUUAGUGUGUUAACUUGGCAGUGAUACAUAGUGGUUGUAUAUUAUUCUGGUUAGUGGGCGGUGGUAGUGAAUGCUAAUGUGGGUUGCCGGGUGAAGUUAUCCAAAGUGCUCUAUUUCUUUAUGUGAUUGCACAUGCUCUGUCCCAUAAGGCUUAGUGUUUUCACGGAAAUCUGUGUGUGGCUUAAUAACGGUCAUGAGCAAAGUAAGAGGUCAUUAUAACCAGGGAGAGCUCGUAGAUUUAAUAGAUAUUAUAUGAAUAUUAGGAUACAUAAGGAUGUUCAUAUAUACUGUGUAUUGUAUAUGAAGUACAUUUUAAAAAAAUUCUGUAUGUUAUGCUGUUUGAAAAAAAAAAUCAACGUAGUACUACAGUACUAUAUUUGUCUAAAUUAAAUGCUUCUAUGUCUAAACCGAAUUAACUUUGUGAUUAAAUUGCCCAAAAAAGAAUUUCAACAAUGAGUUUGGAUCAAUUUGCAGAGUACAGUGACGAGACAUUGAAUGCAAUUGGGUUGAGAAUCUCAGUCACAGGGGCCUGGUAACUGGAAAUCUGGCAAAACAGGUUCUGCAUGGGCGAGCGUACUUUGGUCCGUCUUUUAAAAGCGUAAGUAGGGGAGCGUCAUUUAUGAUUGCCACCUUAGGAGGUACACAAAAUGAGGGGCAUAUCGUGGGAAGAAAGGUUUCUCAUAAUACCAGAAGAGGGGAAAACUAGUCGUAUAAUCGUUGUCUCGGAACGGCUGACAAGAUUUAUCGGGAUGGUUUCCUCAAAAAGAGGGAUGGUCCUGGGGAAAAAAAAAAACGGAACAGGUGGAGAUCCUAUGUACAGGGUGGUCC